AUGAAGAUGGUGUGCGAACAUUGUUACGGUGCAAAAGACCACGAUCUAGGAGAAGACGCUCACUUCGUCUGCUCAACUGAGCAGAUCAUCGGAGUAGCCGACGGAGUCGGCGGCUGGGCCAAGAAAGGCAUAGACGCCCGCGAGUACGCUCGCCAACUCAUGCUCAACUCAGUCAACGCCUUCGUUAACAACACCACCGACCCAAUAGGGACUUUAGAACAAGCCUUCAUGGCCAACGCUUACGCCGACAUUCAAGGUUCCUCCACCCCCUGCAUCCUCCGCCACAACGACGGCGUUUUGCACGCAGCCAACGUAGGCGACAGCGGCUUCAUGGUGUUCAGGAACAACCUUUGA